AUGACCCUGACAAAAGGUUCCUUCACCUACUCCAGUGGGGAGGAAUAUCGUGGCGAGUGGAAGGAGGGCCGCAGACAUGGUUUUGGUCAACUGAUGUUUGCAGACGGUGGCACCUACCUGGGCCAUUUUGAGAAUGGGCUCUUUAAUGGCUUCGGGGUACUAACCUUCUCAGAUGGCUCGAGGUAUGAGGGGGAGUUUUCCCAGGGCAAGUUCAACGGCGUCGGAGUCUUCAUUCGACAUGACAACAUGACCUUUGAGGGGGAAUUUAAAAACGGCAGAGUGGAUGGUUUGGGCCUGCUGACUUUCCCUGAUGGUUCUCACGGAAUACCCCGCAACGAAGGUCUGUUCGAGAACAACAAGCUUUUGCGGCGCGAGAAGUGCUCGGCGGUGGUUCAGCGGGCCCAGAGCGCCUCCAAGUCAGCCCGGAGCCUCACCGCCUGA